UGUACGCGAUAUGAAUUGGAUACGACCGGGAGAGGAUGGCCCACGCAGUACAACCCAUUAUGUGCUUUUCUAAAUGUUUUGUUAACGGCGGCCUUUUGAUUUUACAUCUUCAUGUUGCUAUACCUGUUUUGCCUUGAUGAUUGUCUCCAUGAAACACUAUUACCCUUCCUUUAUAUCCACUAUUAUUUGUCUGUGACCACCUUGAUUUUUUCAAAUUGGCAUGUUUUCCUCAUGAUGUCUGUCACGAAUCCGGUCCGAGGACCACUAUGUCAUAUGCAUGGGGUGGGUGUUUAUUGGCGCUGAGUCUCCCAUGUCACUGAAUAUAAAAACACUGUGAACCCCGAACGAUGUUGCUGCCUUGUAGU